UCAUAUACAGAGUAGCGAAGGUUCACAUAAUGCAGUCCAACAGUACUUCAGCGCACUUCCUAUCCUCCCAUGAGGACAUCUUGAUGAAAAAAAUUCUGCAGACACACAUGCCAGAUGAUUAUCAUGUUGACUCUGCUCCACUACUCCAUCUGACUGAGAACAUCAUCCACAACAUCACAAUGCCAUGUGUCGUCAAGUCAGGUAUAAAAUCAGUUCAAGCAGAUCGUAAUGGCAGACAAGACACUGGGAUUGUCAGCACCAUCAAACAACUAGGACAGACAAUUCAUCACAUCUCAUGUGAGAUGCUGAGGUACAGCUCGAUGGAUCGAUCCUUGCAUGCAACAACAAUGGCUGUGCUAGAAUUGUUGGGGAAGCAUUCAUGGAGCACAAAACUUGUUAUAGUGCUUGCAGCUGUGGCGACAAGCUUUGGGGAGCUUUGGCUCAUCAUGCAGCUAUAUCCUACUAAUCCUCUGGCCUUAUCAAUAGGAUUAAUAAAAGGGCUGAGGAAUAGGAUACAAGUCACCAAAUCAUUGGAGCAAAAGCUCAAGGCUUUCAGGUAUCUUGUUGAGAAAAUGGUCAGCGUGACAAAAUGCAUGGUGGAAUUUGAAAUGCUUCCAGUGCAAUACACAACCCUAGAUUAUGAUGCAGUGGCUGCGAUGAAGACUCAAAUCCACCAAGCUUCCUACUGGGUAAUCAGAAGUUCAGUGGCAUGCGCCUCCCAGAUCACUAGCUUGGCAGCAUUGGGCUUCGAGCAAGUGCACACAAGUACCAUAACUGCAACAUGGGAACUUUGGAGUUCAGCCCGUAAGGUCGGCGACAUGGACAUUUUUUUAAGAAAGCAACUCGAUAUCUUUCAUCAACAAAUAGAGAAGAACAUAAAUUCAGGUCUCUCGCAUCUGUUCGAGGAGGCUCAUCUUGACAACCAAAAAGUUCUAAGCACGUUAUUUGCGCUAAAGGAUGACUAUCCACUCAGGGAUUAUCAGUCACAAGAAAAGGUUGGUGUGGUUGUCCUGAGAAACAAGGAGGUUAUACUCUUCAUAUCAACUCUAACAAUAAACCUAGAAAAGCUUCUUCUUAUCAUCCAACAACUCCAAAAUCAUCCUCAAAAUGGGUCAGAAAAACCCUUUGUGAUUGUUUGGGUUCCUAUAGUUUUCUCCAUACCAUGGUCUAAUGCUGAAGAGAGAGCUUUCAAAAAAUUGGCUAACAUAAUCCCAUGGUAUUCUCUGUAUGAGCCAUCAAAACUGAGUUUAUCUGUCAUAAAAUUUAUCAAAGAAGCAUGGCAUUUUCAAGGCGGUCCAAUCAUGGUGGUUCUGGAUUCCAAAGGAAAGGUUACAUCUUUAAAUGCCAUGGAUAUGAUAUCAAUUUGGGGGCUAAAGGCAUAUCCUUUUUCAGUUUCAAGAGAACGAGAGCUUUGGGAAGAACAAAACUGGACAAUUGAAUUUCUACUUGAUGAUAUUGACCCCCUUAUAUCCUACUGGAUGCAAGAUGGAAGAGUAAUUUGCCUUUAUGGAAGUAAUAACAUAGGUUGGGUCCAGGAACUCACCAACCAGAUAAAAGACAUUACCAAAGCUGGAGUUCUCUUAGAAUUAAUAUAUGCUGGAAGCAACUACGAUGAAGAUACAAGAGAUAUUUUAGCAACCAUCAUCAAAGAAAAGCUUAGCAGCUACUUGUCUCAGACAAAGAUUCGUAUCUUUUGGUUACGGUUGAAUAGCAUAUUAAGUUCAAAACUCCGUCUUGGAAAUACAGAUAAGUCUGAUUUCAUUAUGAGUGAAGCAAACUCUUUGUUGAGCUUUAAGUCUGGCAAAAAAGGAUGGCUACUUGUAAGCAAAGGAUCAUCAACUGAAAUUAUAAAGCUCUAUGGAAACAAAGUCCUUGAACUUUUAUCACUUUUUCCAGUAUGGGGCCACAAAGUUGGUAAAUGGGGAUUCAUGGGUGCCAUCAGAAAAGCACUUGACCCUCCUUCGGUUAUAGAUCACUGCAAUUACUAUAGCAUCACUCCCUAUAUUGAGGAUUUGAAGGAAAACAUAUUACUAUGCAAGAAAUGCAAGUGUCCCAUGGAAAAGAACUAUAUGUAUCAGUGCAAGUUAAAUACCUAAUCCAGUCUUUUUCAUGAAUCUUUUA